CUGCAAAAUCUUCCUGAGCUGAAAUCUGAGGAAGCCAGCAAGUCUGUCUCCACGUCUCCCUGUGGUCCUGGCACACAAGAAGACAUCGCACUGGAAAAUAUGCUGUUCUGCCAUUCCCAGCCUGAGUCCUACCACCAGCACUCUGCUAGUUACAUUAGAGAGGCCUUGGCGCCUUUCUUGAAAAACGAAGAAGCCAGGCUUAUGGCUGAAAAUGGUGCAAAGAGGACCCCAUUCCAGUACAUUCUGUGUGCAGCCACCUCGCCGGCUGUGAAACAGCAGGAGGAGACUCUCACUUAUCUCAACCAAGGUCAGUCCUACGAAAUCCGUAUGCUUAACAGAAAACUAGUGGAGUAUACAGAUAUAAGCAGCAAAUGUGUGAAGAGCAUUGUGCGCGUGGUGUUUCAUGAUCGUCGACUGCAGUAUAUGGAGCACCAGCAGCUGGAGGGAUGGAGGUGGAACAGACCUGGAGACCGAAUCCUGGACAUAGAUAUCCCACUGUCAGUGGGGAUACUGGAGCCUCGUUCACACCCUCUGCACCUCAACACCAUCGAGUUCCUCUGGGAUCCCGUCAAGAAUGCUUCCAUUUUCAUCCAGGUUAACUGCAUCAGCACUGAGUUCACCCCCAGGAAGCAUGGCGGAGAGAAGGGGGUGCCCUUUCGUAUCCAGGUUGACACUUUCACCACCAAUGAACACGGCGAAUACAUGGAGCAUGUCCAUUCCUCCAGCUGCCAGGUCAAAGUCUUCAAGCCUAAAGGAGCUGACCGCAAACUGAAGACGGACAAGGAAAAGAUUGAUAAAAAGGCCCCUCAUGACAGAGAAAAGUAUCAACCCUCCCAUGAGACCACGCUGCUAAAAGAGUGUUCCCCGUGGCCCGAUGCCCUAAAUCUCACCACCACCACCCACAGUGGCUGCAGCACUCCAUCACCAGUUUACCACAGCUCCCCAGUUCCCUGUAGUUUCACAGAUGGCAACUGUUCUCCAAACCAGCAAGGGGAGCUGCUCAUGCCCGGCUGCUCUGAUCACCUUCUGCCAUCGUCCUCGCCACAGAACACUCAGCAGUGGCUACACCGUCACAGGUUCUCGCCUUUCUCAAGGCUCUUCUCCAGCUUCUCAGGUGCUGAUCUGUUGAGGAUGAGCAGGGAGGAUCUGAUCCAGAUUUGUGGCCCGGCAGACGGCAUUCGCCUCUUUAACACCAUGAAAGGAAGGUGUAUACAGCCCCGCCUUACCAUCUACAUGUGUCAGCAGCAGGCAGGAAAUCAUCCUCCCAUCAAGCCAGGGGGUGGAGACAUCUACCAUGCUCUGUACCUGGAGGAGCUGACUCUGUUGGACCUGUCUGAAAAGAUUGCCAUGCUGUACAGCAUCACCCCACAGCAGAUUACACACAUCUACAGACAAAAACCCACUGGGAUCCACGUCUUAGUCUCUGACGAGAUGGUGCAGAACUUCAGGGAGGAAACAAGCUUCAUCAUCAGCACUAUAAGGGAUGAAAGCACUGAUGGCUACCACGUCGUGUUGAAGUGACCAGCAGGUCACUCAGGAGGUUCUUCUAUCAAUGCAAUUGUACAGAUUGUAUGUAAAUCGCUCUAGACUACAUUAUGUGACAUUUAUUAAGAUUUACAGAACAGUAAAAUGCUGUUAAGCUCUCAGUUUACUGUUGAUUUUGUGUUUUUGCUUAGUUCUUUAAUUUUCUUUAUUUGUAUUUUUGUCAAGUUACUGAUUCAUGUUUGAUAUGUCUUGUAAUUAGUGGUAAACAGUGCUGUAUUACUCAUUCACAUACGUUUUUGGCUUUAACACCUAUAAAUGCAAUAACUGUCAUGAUAAUAAAGCAAAGUAAAUCUCAUACAUCAUCAUCCAGACAAAUAGAAAAGAAAAAUGAACAAAGUGUUUUAUGUCCCUGCUCUAUUUUUUGUCUUGAAUAUGAAUUGCUGUGGUGUGCCAUAUAAUGCGUGUCUGGCUUUGUUGCUAUGAGGCUGAAUAUUUUCUGGAUGCAGUUGAAUGCAAUAUUUUAAACAAUUCAGAUGUUUAGGCCUGCACAUAGGCCUGCUGUAGACAGUAUCAACUAAAGCCGGAUCAAACAGGGGCAGUGGGCUGCAGUUUGGAUCUAUGGUUUUGAAUUGUUGUAUCUUCGAUGUAUUUUAGUCCAAA